GUUUCAGGUUAAUGGAAUGUUUAUCAGUGUCAUUUUACUAGAGGUCAGAUUUCUGUACAAUGCUACUACAAAUGGGUGUGUGCUCAUUGUUUCAUGAGGGUGAAUUUAUUUCAGCAAGAUGAAACGUUAGAAGUUCGAUUAACUCAGAAUUAUACCAGUUUAAGUGACAUAAGGAGACGUGAGGAGAAUUGGAUCUCGAAACAAUGGCAACUCAACGGAAAUUGAAAUACAGCGUGUCCGAUGCUAGUCGUCGUAUGUACAAAAUUGAAACAAACGGCAUCUACCGAAAACUGGAGAAUCCCUUGCCAUCGGAGAGCCAGUUAAGACAACAAAGAUUUGAGGAAAGACAACGGCCACUUAGUCAGAUAUUGGCCUCCAGUUCCUUCAGAGAAACUUUGGACAGGAACGCUUUUUCUAGAGGACAAAGUUUGAGCAAUUUAAAAAAGUCGCGACAGAGAAAUUCUUUGAACUUGCCUAAUAGUUUUUCCUUGGAUUUAGAAUACGACGUGAAUGCAAAUGCAAAGACCGAUCGCGGGGAAUUUUCAAGUUCCGGAAAUCUAAGUAAAGCAUCCAGUUCCGGUAAUUCCGCAUUUGCGUUUGUUCCGGAAAAAGAUAUUAUUUCUUUGUCCACUCGUUCAGAAUUAAGCAGGAAUUCCAAUCCUGUGUUACCCUCUACAAGUACUUCCGGUCUCGCUUUUCCAUCUGCAAAACGUGAGGAGUUUCACAAGUCCCGAAAGUCUUCAUCAUCGUCCUCUUCCUCAUCUUCUUCUUCCACAUCGAAGGCUUAUUCGUUAAGAUCACAAUCAAGUGCUAAGGGAGAGGAUCAUUGGGACUCAAAGAAUGCUAGGCAUGAACAUUCUGAGUCCAGUGAAUCUGAAAACGAAGAGAGCAAAUCAAUCAGAUCUCGUAAACUCUUGGAGAAGCGUCCUUCGUUUAAGGAAGUUUUUCCUGAAAAAGUGAAUGAGGAAUUUCUAAAUAAAAACAAAGCUGACCCAUCUAAAAGACAAUCUUCUUUCUCUCGUUUGUGUUCUGCAGAGCAAGAUACUAAUCGUAUUUUUGAUUCUGAUGUCAAUAUUCAAGGUACGGUCAAGAAUGUUCCGUACAAAACUAAACCUCUGUUAAAUACUAGUAAAUCUUCGUCUACAGAUUCAGAAGACUUGGAAGAUUCAGACUAUCUAAAACCCACGACUCAGGUAUUCGAUUCAAAUGAAUUCUUCCGACCUUCGAGUGACUUUGCAUUUUCUGGGAAUAUAAAAAGACCAGAAACCCCGUCGUCGGGUUCUGAAUUUUCCACCAAGGAAGGCGUUCAUCAUAUUUUUGAUUCUUCGGUUAUAUGCAAGGUUCCUGCAGUGCAGUUACGUCACAUGUGUGAACCAGCCAAAGUAGUAGACGUACCACCAAAGAAAUUCAAAUUAUCUUCAUCUCCAGAUAGUAUUUCACAAAGUUCUCGAAGUGGCUCCGACCAGCAGUUGUACAGUGACAGUGAUAUAGAAAGAGAAAUCACACUAGAUAGGACUGUGUCUAUAGAAUCCGUACCCCCUCCAUUACCCCUCAGUGAACCUCCUGAACUUUCCGAAAGCGGAAGCAGCGAGCACAGUUCCACAGAUUCCGAUCGUGACAGCUUACUGGAACUUAUAGUUAACUCGUCAAAAUCCGAAGAUUUGGAUGAAAAUAAGGAUUUUCACAUUCCCGAAUCUACAGACAAAUUUGAUGACCUUGUUCUGAAUUCACCUAAAUUACAAAAUGUUGAUGUGAAUGGUGUGGUUGAGGUUCCUCUGAGCACAGACACUGUCGGUGAUCUUGAUGCGAGUUUGCCUAAGUUUGAAGAAGUUGACGAUAACGUGACCGCUGAAAUUGAAAGAUUUAAUUACCUUUUUUCAAACUCUCCUAAAUCUAAAGACAUCAAAGUAGAUUUCUCCUCUGAGAUAGUGCCAUCUAAUGAUAACAUUGAGCCAAAACCGAAUGAGACUGGUGUGACUUUGACAUCUAGUUUUCCUCUAGAUAUUGACAGCUGUGAUGAUUUCGGUGCUCAACCGCCAGAGAAUUGCGAUAUUCAUGCAAAUGUGACUUCUAAGAUUUCUUUCAUUCCCGACAAGGUUUAUGAUUUAAAAGCAAGUUUGCCGAACAAAAAGGAUUUUGAAGCAAAUGUAGAUGAUGAAACUCCUGGUUCUCACAUAUCUGGUGAUACUGAUACGAAUUCGUCACACUCUGAGGAUAACGAUUCUCAGUCCCCACUGAGUUCAGAAGACGUCGAAGGUGCUGGUGUGAGUACACCAAAAGCGGGAGAGUUAACUUUAAACAUGGCGACUGGAAUUUCUCCGAAUGUAGAAGAUACGAUAGACUGGCCUGGUACAACGGUAACAUAUUACGGUCCAAUCUACGCCAGCAAUAACACACUCAUUCUUCCAAACCAAUCCGACCAAACCAACGUUGACCUAGUGAAAUUGAAAGACAAUCACUACGACGAGGAUUCUUCUAGCUCAUCGAGUUCUUCUUCCUCGAACAAAAGUACAUGUCGAUCAGAGGAUCAUUCAAAAUCUGAAAUAGAUGUAGAAAAUCUCGAUGAAUCGAAAGACACCGAGAAGACAACGAAAGAUCAGUCUUGUGGGAAGAAACAAAAUGAGAAAGCAGAAGUUAUUGAAGUCCUGGAAUCGUCUUUCCAAAGUUGUUCAGAGACAACUCCACGGUCAUCAGCGACAGAUUCACACUCCUUAGAGACAUCUUCACAACCUUUAGACAUAGCCAAUCCUCUUCCAGACGUCAUAGACUUGGACCAAUCGCCAAGCACCAACGCUGAUGUAAACGAGGCUCUUGAAACUUUAGACAACAUCAUACUGGAAGUGUCUGCAGACACCUCUACAAUGGAGUCCGAGACCAAGCAACAUCAGGGCCACCUGGUGGUAGUUGCAAUUGACUUUGGAACUACAUACAGCGGCUACGCGUUCAGUUUUACCCGUGAACCAUCUCACGUGUAUAUGAUGAGGAAAUGGGAGGGAGGGGAUCCAGGGGUUGUCAAUGAAAAGACUCCAACCAGCAUUCUCCUGACACCUGAUGGCCAGUUCCACUCAUUUGGUUACAGUGCAAGGGAUAACUACCACGACCUUGAUCCUGAACAGGCGAGGUCAUGGAUGUACUUUGAUAAAUUCAAAAUGAUUCUUCACACCACUCCUGAAUUAAGCAAGGAUACAUUGAUCAAGGCCACUAAUGGUAAACUCUAUCCAGCACUGACUGUGUUUGGCCUGGCUCUGAAGUACUUCAAGGACCACGCCCUCCAGGAACUCAGCGACCAGUCAGGGAUGAAGAUACUGAACGAAGACGUCCGCUGGGUCAUCAGUGUCCCCGCUAUAUGGAGGGCCUCAGCUAAACAGUUCAUGAGACAAGCGGCCUAUGAGGCUGGACUAAUUUCUCACGAAAGUCCAGAUCAACUUCUCAUAUCACUAGAACCCGAGGCAGCGUCCAUUUUCUGCCGGAAGUUAAAAAUGUACCAGCUUGUUCCGGAACUUAACGAAGAAAAGACUAUUCGGUCGCCUAAGUUUGCUUCAGAAGAGGCAAUGGAUAUGAAUCCUGCUUGUGAGACAUUAAAGGAAGGAAGCCGGUACAUGGUGGUAGACUGCGGGGGAGGCACGGUAGACAUCACGGUACAUCAGGUGGACAAAGGCGAGAAGUUGAUUGAGCUGUACCGGGCCUCGGGUGGACCCUAUGGAUCUGUGGGCAUUGACAUAGAGUUCGAACACGUCCUAGACAAGCUAUUUGGUAAGGAACUGAUGGAGCACUAUCGACAGAAGUGCCCUAUGGGCUGGGUGGACUUAAUGGUGGCGUUUGAAUCCAAGAAACGCUCCGCAAACCCUGACAAGUCCUCUUCACUCAAUGUGUCUCUUCCUUUCUCCUUUAUUGAUUAUUACAAAAGGCACAAGUUUGGAAGUUUAGAGCACGCCAUAAAGAAAUUUGGGGACAAAGAGAUCCAAUGGUCACGUUUGGGCAUGCUCCGACUUUCACCGGAAGCAAUGCGGCGAUUGUUCAUUCCUACGAUGGAGAAAAUUAAACAGGCCAUAGGAGAUGUCUUAAAUAAUAGAGGAACGAGAGAUCUACAGUACUUGUUCUUGGUCGGAGGUUUCUCUGAAUCGCCGAUUUUGCAACAAGAAAUCAGGAGGGAAUUUGGAUCACUUUUAAAAGUUAUUAUUCCACAAGGAGUGGGACUCUCCAUAUUAAAAGGUUCUGUGCAGUUCGGAUUAGAUCCGACAAUUGUUCAUGUGCGAAAGUCUCGAAUGACUUAUGGCGUAGGUGUAUUAAACAAAUUCAAAGAAGAUCAACAUCCAGCAGAAAAGAGAAUGGUUGCUGGCGACACAGAGUGGUGCAUGGAUGUUUUUGAUAAAUACGUUUUGACCAAUCAGCCCGUAGCACUUGGUGACGUAAUUCUGCGAAGUUACAAACCGGCCAAUCAAAAUCAAAAGAAAAUUCAACUCAGUAUAUAUUUCACAGAAAAUCCGAACACAAACUUUGUGACUGACGCGGGCGUCCAAAAGUGCGGCGUCCUUACUCUAGAUCUUGAGGAGUCCUCUCAGACAAAGUUAUCACGGCGGGAAAUUCAAACUAGAAUGAUAUUUGGUGAGACUGAGAUUCGCCUUAGUGCCCUUGAUGUGUGCACUGGUCGUCGUGUUCAUGCCACUAUUGACUUUCUUAGAAACUAGUUUAUUUAAUUUAUCAUUAAGUUAUUUUAGUGAGUUUUGCUAUUAUAUGAAAUAAGAUAGAGACAUUAUAUAUAGGUGUAUAAGCAUGGAGAGAAUUUUUAACACUACCAUUGCCUAUAAACAGUUGGUAUGACACAGCAAUUUGCUGCAGGUCUUUUUCUUAUUGUCGACGAAAAACGUUUGGAUUGUUAGAAUGAUAUUGUGCAACAUUGUGCUCUGAUAAUAAGUGCAUAUUUCACUUGAUGUAUGUGUCUUUUUUAAACUUGUUUUGAUGUGUAAACUAGAUACAUGUAGUUUAGUCAUAUCAAGAUAUCUCAGUCUUGUUAGAUCCACUAAGACACUAUUAAGAGUUCUCUAAAGGAAUUUUCAAAAUAAUUAUAUCCAUAACCCACAUAUAUCCACACCCUGCUUUUGACUUUAUUGUUAAAAGCAAAAUAUAUGUAGCAUAGUUAAUAUUAAUGGACAAAAUUUAAUGUUAUUUAGUGCAUGAACAAACAUUUUUAAAUAUUAAAUAUUUUCAAACAUGUAAUUGUUUUUAUAACAGUUGGGAAUUUUGAAUUUUUGUUAAAAAAAUUGGAAAAUGUAAAAACUAUUGAGAUAGACAGCCCCCUCCCCUCCCUCUCUCUCUCUCUCUCUCUCUCUCUCUCUCUCUCUCUCUCUCUCUCUCUCUCUCUCUCUCUCAAAUUAGUGUGUGGGUUGUAAAAUUUUCUUGUCAAGGUUUUGCAGACUUAAUCUCAUAGUUAUGUAGAAAGAAACCCCUUAUUAUUCAUGAUAUGCAAAUAGGAUGUCACAUUUCUCAGGUUUUUCAAUUUAUUUUGUUAAUCCAUAAAAUAAACAUGUAAAAUAAACCAGAAGCAACAAGAAAACAAGGAGACAGAAAUUCAUAACACAAAGAUCUAUGGAAAGCUGAUCCACAAUAGAGCAUUCAGAUACAUAUUGAUCACAAGUAUACAAUAUAAGGACAUAAUUAUGUUUAACAUGGCACGUACAAUUUUCAUUGUAUUUAUCUCAUCUGUAACAUUAUAUAUUUUAUUUUUAUAUAUGUACAUGUACACAUUAUAAAGAGAAUAAAUCACUGCAUAACAAUGUA